AUGAGGAGUUACAUCCGGAUAUACCUAAGAAUGUCCGUAGCAAGAUGCGCUUACAUGUGCGCAUUCUCGGCGCUAUUUCUAAUCCUUGGAAUAGUAUUAAUUUGCAUUCGGACGAUAUUGUACAACGCAAUUCUCGACAAAAUGCUAGUCCUCCAGCCUGACAGUUCAGUCCACGAUUUGUGGAAGAUUACUCCUUUUCCUUUGAGUUUCAAGAUUUAUAUGUUUAACUGGACCAAUCCAGAAGAUGUCUACAAUGCUACGACCAAACCAAAGCUACAACAGCUUGGACCUUAUUCCUUUAACGAAACGAAGGAGAAGGUGAAUGUGACGUGGAAUUCAAAUAAUACCGUCUCCUUUAUGCAUUUGAAGAGGUGGUAUUUCGAUCCAAAGAAGAGCAAUGGUAGUUUAUACGAUGCCGUGGUUUCUUUGAACCCUGUAGCUGUGACUGCUGCAUAUACAGCCAAGGAUUGGAGCUACCUUUUCAAAAAGGGCAUCGGUAUUUUUCUCGGGUCAGUUUCUGCCAAAGUGCAUUCUGUCCAUUCAGUGGGGCAAGUGCUCUAUGAUGGCUACGAAGAUCCCAUAAUGAAAAUGGCUCAAAGUUUACCAAUGGCAUCAAUUCAGCUACCCAUAGAUAAAUUCGGAUGGUUCUAUGGAAGAAACGGGUCUGCCGAUUACGAGGGCGUAUUUAACAUGGAUACCGGAGUAUCCGGACAAUUGGGCGAAUUGUACAGCUGGAGGUACAUGACAAAAACUCCUUAUUAUCCGAAUCGAUGCGGGCACGUAGAAGGAUCCGCUGGCGAAUUUUUUCCGACCGAGUUACGAAAAGACUCUGUCAUCAAAUUUUUCUCAGCUGACAUGUGCCGAUUCGUAGAACUUGAAUACGAGAAAGAGAUAACAAUUAACGGAAUAGUCGGCUACAAAUAUGCAGCAGGCGAUCGAUUUUUGGAUAACGGUACAAAAGUGCCUGAAAAUAAGUGUUUCUGCAUGGGCAACUGUAUGCCUUACGGUGUUCUAAACGUUUCGUCGUGUCGCUACGGAUCGCCUGCCUUCGUUUCGUUGCCCCAUUUUCACAAGGCUGACCCUUAUUAUACGAGUCUGCUCGAUGGGGUGGAAUCGGACCGAGAAAGGCACGACAUGUACAUGAUAUUUGAACCGAAAACUGCUCUACCUCUUCAGGUCGCUGCCAGACUUCAACUCAACUUACUUCUUCAGCCAAUUCCUGAGAUCAGAAACUUCGAUCAAAUUCCCAGGGAGAUUUACUUUCCUGUUUUGUGGUUUGAGCAAGUUGUAACCAUCCCCGACGAUAUGACCCUCUACGUUAACGUUUUGGUAAAUUUCGAAACAAUACUCUUAGGAACGGGCAUUUUCUUGAUUUGGCUGGUGAUAAUGAUAAACGCCUGUUGCUGCUACAAAGUUUGUACAUCCAAAAUAUUUACAAGAAAAGUGAAUAUAGUGCCUAAAGAAGAAAUACCAUUGAACCGCAAACAUAAAUAUCGCCAUUGUUUGUUUGUUAAACCGUUAACGGUAGUGCAUUUUCGUCUUCUAUUCAAACUUCGUUGGCUAUUUAAAUGUUGUUAUUCGUCGAGGUUCGCGUUACAUCAUCACGCCACUUUGAUACACAAAGCGCGCGAACGCAAAAAUUAUGUUACUCGAUCUUCCGUUGGAGGGAUCAUGUUUAGAUUUCUAAAGAUGAAACGAAGACGGCAGCAGUGUGGCCAACUAUGCCUCCUAUUGGCCGGAAUCCUUCUAAUCACAUUAGGCCUAUUGAUAUUUAUUUAUUUAGAAUCGAUAUACGAAUUCAUAUUAAACGAUGCUCUCAAAUUUACACCGACGUCGGAACCAUUUAGACAAUGGCGAAUAAACGACCCUCCCUUGGAUAUGGACGUGUACCUCUUCAAUUGGACAAACGCCAAAGACGUGAAAAAAUCCGAUGUGAAACCUCGAUUCGAAGAGGUAGGACCGUACAGAUUCAAGGAGGUCAAAGAAAAAGUAAACAUCAGCUGGCAUGACAAUAAUACAGUUAGUUAUAAAGUAAGAAAAUUUUAUUACUUCGAUCAAGCGAAUAGCCCAAGGAACCUUAGUGACAUGAUUACGAUAAUCAACCCCGUUCCGUUGACCGUAGCAUAUCAAGCAAGAAAGUACAACUUUUUCACGAAGAAGCUAUUGUCCCUUUCACUGUCAAGUAUGUCGACACUUUCAGUGACUAAAACUGCCAAUGAAAUUCUUUUCGAGGGUUUCGAAGAUCCUAUCUUAAACGUACUCAGUCGAUUCCCUCUACUCAAUGUACAGGAUCGUUUUGGGAUAUUUUACGGGCAAAACGGGACCACCGGUAGGGAAGGAGUCUUCAGUAUGUACACAGCAAACGACGAGAACUUUGGAAAAUUGCUGACGUGGAAUUACCGCAACACAACAAACUUCUAUGAGGGUCACUGUAACGAAAUAAAAGGAUCCGCCAUGGAAUUUUACCCUUUGAAUCGUAAAAGAGACCGGUUGGUGUUGUUCUCGUCGGAACUUUGCAAAUAUGCUGAACUAGAUUACGCCGGUGACGUGAUCAUUAAGGGGGUCCGCGGGUACAAAUUCACAGGCGACAAUAUUUUUGACAACGGUACAUUAAGACAAGAAAACUCUUGUUUCUGUAUAGAUGAAUGUAUCCCAUCUGGUGUGCUGGACGUUUCCAGAUGCCGUCAGGACUCACCCUCGUUCUUAUCAUUUCCACACUUUUACGCCGCCGAUCCUUAUUACAGGGAUCAAAUUCAGGGAAUGAAACCCGAUGGUAGUAAACAUGAAUUUUUCAUUAUAAUAGAGCCGAAAUCUGGCAUAAUAAUGGAUAUAGGAGCCCAAAUGCAGCUCAAUAUGUUGCUUCAACCUAUAUUCGGGAUAACGUUGUAUUCAAACGUCCAGAAGACGUUUGUGCCCAUAUUCUACUUUUCACAACAUAUCGAGCUGAAGGAUGAAUUGGCAGCGAAUCUGAGACUGAUUCAAAAUCUUCCCGAAUACGAAAAUUAUACCUCCCUAGUAUUUCUAAGUCUAGGAACUAUCUUAAUAUUAUGGGGUAUUUGCUCAAUAUGCUGUUGCUCAAUCGCCAAAGACAAAACAAACCGACGGUGUGAACCAAAAGUCAUAUUAGCCGAGGAAGUACCAUUAAGCGAGAAAAAAUGACAAACAAUAGUGAUCUUUGUGUUUUUUUUUAUUAAAGCCAAUUUUUCUAAAUAUUUUGAUUUUCUUCUUACAAAUUCCUAACCCCUAUGUCUAUUUUUGCCAAGGAACUCUACGUUUUGUUAUGUAGAUAUUAAUUGCCAGAUGAACGAUUUUACUCAUUCCCUUUGGUAUUUU